AUGUUUCCAACAUUACAAUCCGAUUACGAAGAAACCAUGUCAGACUUGGAAAAUCUGGGCUAUGAAGACGACAUGGAAACAAGGUUAUUGCAAGGAAUUUCAUCAAUUCAAAUCAAAAACCAAUGUCAAAUAGCUAUUGAUGGAUUAAACAAACUGGUGGAAGAAUUGCCUGGGACAAUUUCAUUGUUGUACGAACUUCAAGCAAAAUUGAAUGCGGUCGAUAUCGGUACACACAAUCCAUUGGGAUCUAUUAAUACAACACCUGUCAAUGAACGUCGACAAGAAGUACCAGAUGUGAGUCGUAGCAAUUCACCGAUCAUUCAAGAUAUUCCCUUUGAUGCAGUAAGUCGCACAACUGACAUGCACCCAUCAUUCAAUGCUCCAAUUUACAAUGGAUUUGGCGGUGACAAUGGACCAAUCAUCAAUACCUUUUCAAGUCAAGAACAUGGUCAACUACACUUAAACGCUCCUGUAUCACCUCUUCUUCGUCUUUCAAAUCCACAUUCACAUCAAGUACACAGCAAUUAUCAUGAUCAUCAUCAACAACCUGAACCAGCAAUAAUGAAUAAUGCUUACGAUCCAUAUCAGCAACAUCAGAGUCAAAUAACAAACAACAAUCCAUAUCAUGUUCAUCCAAACAACAAUCCAUAUCAUGUUCAUCCAAACAACAAUCCAAAUCAUGCUUAUCCAUACAACAAUCCAAAUCAUGUGUAUCCAAACAACAACUCGAGAAUAAAAGUCAAGGCUGAAGAAAUACCAAAAUUUGACGGAACAGCGGAGAAUUGGCCAGAUUUCAAAAACGCAAUCUUGGAGUUGGUCAUAAACAAUGUUGAAAUACCGAGUCAAAGUUCAAAAUUCCGUCGUCUUAUGAAUGUACUCCCAAUACAAGCGCAGGCUAGAAUCCGUGGUCAAAAUUCAAAUCCAAAUUUUCAACAAAUCUUGAAUAUUCUGGACACGUUUUAUGGAUCGCCGGCAUUAGUGUUGAAAGAGUUGACUCAAAAGAUUCAUUCAUUACCGUUCCUUCGUUUCGAUUCACCAUCAUCAAUCUAUACAAAGUACCAUGAAAUGAUGGUUAUCAUCAAAGGUAUCAGGUUAAACGAGGGCGAUAGUCGCACGAUCAUUGGUCAUAUAUUGGGAAAAAUGGAUCUUGACAACCGUCGACGCGCAUUCCAGAAUCUGAACUCAUCUGUUUCACCGCAUACCAUCACACUUGAUCAUCUAGAAAAUUACUUCAGUACAAUCACUGCAACAGACUUACUCAUAAAUCAAGUGGCCAACGUUGGAUUCAAUCGGUAUCAGCAAAGUAACGAUUACAAAUUCAAUUACAAAAAUAACCGUCAAACUGAGCAAAAGAAAUCGUUGCUGACAUCGACUAACAGUGAUAGCUCAUCUAACAAUAAACCAAAGUGCAUUUUUUGCGAUCAAUAUCAUUACCACAUUCAAUGUCCCGUACCAUAUAACGAGAAAAUCCUUGUACUGAACAGAGAAAAACGCUGCUAUCGUUGCGCUGGCAAAGGCCAUGGCACCCGUGAAUGUAUCAAACAUUUAAAAUGCAACAAGUGCAGCGGUAAUCAUCAAUCUUACCUAUGUCGAGAUUCAGCAAGCAACAACCAACAACCUUCGAAUCAAUCUUCAAACCAACAACCAUCGAAUCAACAUUCAAAUCGACAACCUUCGAAUCAAACCAUUCCAAAAACACUGAUCGCAUCUGAAGAGCAACCAUGCACAUCAUCAUCAAUUUCAAACGAUGCAUCAGUCAUUUCGGCGUUAGCCAAUUCUGGAGGCGUAUCGCAAUAUUUGCAAACGUUAACCACAAACAUCAACAACAUCAAAACCCGAGUCAUCUUUGAUAGUGGUUCAGAAAUUUCGUUCAUCUCCAAUAUUUUGAUUACAACAAUUUGA